AAAUAGGCUCUGCGCUGUGAGCACUGAGCGGAAUGGGGGGCUUGAACUCACAAACUGCGAGAUCAUGACCUGAGUGGAAAUCAAGAGUUGGGUGCUUAACCCACUGAGCCACGUAGGUGCUCCAGAUUCUUAGACUUUUAGAGCCAGGAGGAUCACAAAUUCUUUACACAAUUCUGAGGCUAAGAAGGGACACAACUGGAGUGAAAUAAUACGGCUAAUGUCACUGUUCUGUUUUCUUCCCGAGCCCCCAUUCCAUAUAGAAUGAGGACUCAAUAAAUGUCAACUAUUUGAAGGGCUCAGGGAAAGGCAAAAAUAUCUAGGGAACUGGGGACCUUCAAUCCCACACUGUAGCCUACCUAUGUUAGGGGAAACUACGCCAUUACUGUCACAGCUGAACACAUGAGGUCCCCAACGCAAGAAGGAAAGUAUGGGAGCUAGUGUGCGACCCAGCUUUUCUGAAGGGCUGGGUGGGGAGCAGGGCUGGCCUGAGGCUCUAAGUGGGCGGGGCCCACAGGCGGUGAGUGGAAUCCUUACUGCCCUACGGAGGGCAGGGCUUUGGUCUCCACGGAGACAGCUUCUCCUAGCAACCUGGCAGGCGUUGAACCGAGCCUUGGGCACGAUGGACGCAGACAGCCUCUUGCUGUCGCUAGAGCUGGCGUCCGGCAGUGGGCAGGGCCUCAGCCCGGACCUUCGGGCCUCUCUACUUACCUCUCUUCUGCUGGUGAAACGCGACUACCGCUAUGAUCGGGUCCUCUUCUGGGGCCGCAUCCUCGGCCUUGUCGCGGAUUAUUACAUCGCGCAGGGCCUGAGUGAGGACCAGCUCGCACCACGCAAGACCCUCUACAGCCUGAACUGCAUGGAGUGGAGCCUCUUGCCCCCUGCCACGGAGGAGAUGAUGGCACAGACGUCUGUGGUGAAGGGCCGCUUCAUGGGGGACCCCUCACAUGAGUAUGAACACACUGAGCUGCAGAAGAUAAACGAGGGCGGAAAGGUCUUUGAAGAGGAAGUGGUGGUCCAGAUCAAGGAAGAGACCCGCUUGGUGUCUAUCAUCGACCAGAUUGACAAAGCUGUGGCUAUCAUCCCCCGAGGAGCCCUUUUUAAGACCCCUUUUGGACCUACCCAUGUCAAUCGGACUUUUGAAGGACUCUCCUUGUCUGAAGCCAAGAAGCUCAGUUCCUACUUCCACUUCAGGGAGCCUGUUCAGCUGAAGAACAAGACCUUGCUUGAGAAGGCUGACCUGGAUCCCUCCCUGGACUUCAUGGACUCCUUAGAGCAUGACAUCCCCAAAGGGUCCUGGAGCAUCCAGAUGGAGAGGGGCAACGCACUGGUGGUGCUGCGCAGCCUGCUCUGGCCAGGCCUCACCUUCUUCCAUGCUCCCCGCACCAAGAACUGUGGCUACAUCUACGUGGGUACCGCCCUGCAGGGUGAAGAGCUGAAGGCGGUCAACACAGGGCUAGGGAACCAUCUUGGCCUAUCACAAGGGAUUAGUGACUCGACGUUCAGUAACUGGCUAGAAAUGGGCUCAAGGUCCCUGCACUUCCCAGGCAGUGAGCACACACAACCAGUGGUGGAGUCCAUGAGCCUGGUUUAUGAUAUGCUUUUUUGGGAGAACUGCCAGUUAUAG